GUGUCCCAUAGGUAGAGAGGGUUGGGAUGAGAAUGUUAUCCACUUUCCUCAAAGAGGAUUACAGCCUCAGGCAGCUUAGCUUCAUAAAGGGUGAGGGUAAGGAGAGUGCUGUUGUCUCCAGCAGCCAUCUGUCUGCCCAGUGUAGAGCUGAGAGGGGUUGCUCUCAUUGAAGUGAAGAGGGACUUUAGAAUCUCUUGGAGGACAGUGGAAGUUGAUAAAAAAUGCUUUUUUAUUGUUAAAACCAACACAUUCUGGCCCUUAACUGUCAUCAGGGUUGCUCUCACUCACAUAAGAGCUGAUGGAUGGGAUGCUAGGAGUGGAUGUGUUUCUUUACCCUGAUGGACUGAGAAUUGCUACACCAGAGGAUAUUAGGCAAUGGGAGCUGGAGACCGCCAGCCAGGUGUCCAGCCAGGUGUCUCAGGAACCCCCCGUCCGACUCUUUGUGGCUCUUUUCCCAUACAACCCUGCUGCGAUGUCCCCAAACCCUGAGACCGCUGCGGAGGAGCUCCCUUUUGUGCCAGGACAGAUCAUCAAGGUGUUUGGAGAUAAAGACGAUGAUGGUUUCUACCACGGGGAGUCUGGUGGUCUGUCUGGUGUCGUGCCUAGUAACAUGGUAUCUGAGAUCCCAGUGGACGAUGACUACCUCAAGCAUCAGCUCAUGCAGCAGGGUUUCCUGCCUGUCGACCACACAGAUCCCAGUGAGGAGUCCAGCGUGCUAGAUGACUUGGUCGUCCGCAGGAUGGUGGCCAUCUUUGAGUAUGACCCUUGGGAAAGUUCCCCCAACAUGGACAGCGACGCUGAGCUCGCCUUCCGUGCAGGGGACAUAAUAUAUGUGUUUGGUGAUAUGGAUGAAGAUGGAUUCUAUUAUGGGGACCUUCAUGGGCUGAGAGGUCUGGUGCCAUCCAACUACCUGGAACCACUACCAUGGGAAUAGGAUUAACAAGGAGCAUCCGAUACAUGAGAUUAUGCCAAGAAUCAGAAUCAGAUACAAUGAACAAAAAAACUUUUUCAAGGAUAUCUGAAUGGAUAUUACUGUGUCAAAGAUCAAGAUUUUGUCAUGUUUUUUCUUCUGCAUAAGUACAUGUGACCACAGAAAUCUCCUCGAGGAUUUGUAAUGAUCAUGGAAUAGGGUUUUUAUGAACCGUGUGCAGGCUAUCACGCACAGUAACGCAGUAGACAGAUUUGGCUCUGUCCAAAUAAAUCCUAUGAACUAUAAACCUUUUGUUGGACAUUUUAAGGUGCAGUAAGAUUGGCCAAAAUAAUGACAUCAUGGUUAUCGUAUUACAUAAUGCUUUGUCAACAGCUAGGGUAUUGUAGCCUUAAAAAUAUGAUUUUUAUUCUCACUUUGCUGAUGGGGAUGUAUGUUGUAGUUAUGCCUAUAUUUGCCUUACUACAUCUUUCGGUUUAGGAAGUAUCCAUGCACAUUUUAUAGUGAAGGCUGUGAGAAAUCUUUCCUGUUAGAGAUAUUAUUUUCUUCCUUAGUAGUAUGCACAAUUGCUUUUUUUUUAAAUGUUGGUAAAUACCAACUGAGAUUCUGAUGGGAACAUUGAGCACGUUGAAAGAAGAUAUCUAUGCAGAAUUUAGCAGUACUAUUAAACUGUUCAUUUUCUGAAAAUCUGUUUCGUACACUUGUUCCUCAUGUUAGUGGGUUUAGAAUUAUACAAUGCAGGAUCUUCAUCAAAACCAGAUGCUGAACACUGAAACAAUUGUAACUGUACAACCACUUUUACUAUAAACUGCACUGUGAUUGUUAUACAAAUAUCUACAAUAGUAGAAUGACUAUAAACCAUGGAAAGCAAGAAAAACAAUUAAUUUAUUUUCAUUAGUACAAUAUUGCAAUCAAAUCUACUUUUAUUUGAGAAACAUGACUGAAUAGUUAAUGGGAACUUAACAUUUAUUCAUAGGACUGCAUUUCUAGUACAAAAAUGUAAUACAACUUAAAAAUAGACCAUGGUCUCCAAGCUUUUCAGAAUCGUUCAUUGAUGUCAAUGGAGUCCUUGUAGUAUUUUCCUCCGUAGCCAACAGUACAGUCAUCCAUAAAGUAGGAAACACUACACUGUGCAGAGGAGUUUAGUAGUACUCUCUACUUUAUGGAUGACUGCACUGUACAUCAGUAUCUUCUCGUUGCUGUGGCAGCUUCGUGUUUGGUUC